UGACUGCUGCCCGUUCUCACACGCUCUUUCUGACACGGUCACCCUCCCACUUCCCUCUCUUUCCCCUUCCCGGGCACCUCCCAACUCCUACACUCCCCAACACCCCUCCAUAAAUAUAUACCUAUACAUUUACGAAUAAGUAUGUGAAGCGCUUUUUCCCUGCAGCCCAUCACCCACCACCUCCUCUUCCGCGGUGGUGCAUGAACCAGGAGGAGGCGCACCACCGCCGCCUAUACAUACAAAGCUUUGUGUGUGUGUAUAUAUCUAUAUAUAUAUCAUACUUUCUUGGGAAGAGAGAACAAUGGGUCAGGGGCUGAGCUGCAGUACUAGUGAAGAACAGGGUCUUUUCAGCGCAGUGAAGUUGGGGGAUUUGGAAACUGUUGAGGCAGUUUUGGAAAGGGAUUCAGCUCUUGUUCGAUAUUCCACAGUUUAUGAUCGCAACUCGCUCUUGCAUAUUGCUGCUGCCAAUGGCCAGAUCGAGAUUCUUUCAUUGCUUCUGAACCGAUCUGUGAAGCCGGAUAUGCUGAAUCGACAUAAACAGACUCCAUUGAUGUUGGCUGCAAUGCAUGGCAAGAUCUCCUGUGUGAAGAAGCUAAUUGAAUCUGGUGCAAAUAUUUUGAUGUUUGAUUCACUUAAUGGAAGAACAUGUUUGCACUAUGCGGCGUACUAUGGCCACUCUGAUUGCCUUCAAGCCAUUCUCUCUGCCGCCAGGACCUCCCAGGUUUCAGCUUCUUGGGGAUACUCCCGUUUUGUGAACAUCAGAGAUAGCAAAGGAGCAACACCUUUGCAUUUGGCGGCUCGUCAAAGACGCCCUCAAUGUGUUCAUAUAUUACUGGACAAUGGAGCCCUGGUUUGCGCUUCAACUGGUGGAUAUGGCUUUCCCGGCAGUACUCCCCUUCAUUUGGCUGCAAGAAGUGGUUCACUUGAUUGCAUCAGAGAAUUGUUGGCUUGGGGUGCUGAUCGACUUCAGAGAGAUGCAUCAGGGAGAAUACCAUAUACAGUAGCUUUAAGACACCACCACGGAGCAUGUGCAGCUUUGCUGAAUCCGUCGUCUGCGGAGCCUCUCGUCUGGCCAUCACCUUUGAAGUUCAUAAGUGAACUUAAUCAGGACGCAAAGUCUCUUUUAGAAAAGGCCCUAAUGGAGGCUAAUCGGGAAAGGGAGAAGGUCAUAUUGAAAGGGACAGUUUACUCGCCGCCAUCUCCUUCAGCAUCUGAUUCUGGAAUGGAUGAUGAUGUAUCUGAGGCAAGUGAUACGGAUCUUUGCUGCAUAUGUUUCGAUCAAAUAUGCACAAUUGAGGUUCAUGAAUGCGGCCAUCGGAUGUGCGCGCAAUGCACUUUAGCUUUGUGCUGCCAUAACAAGCCCAACCCAACAACGUCUUGCCCCUCGGUGCCACUCUGCCCUUUCUGCAGGAGUAACAUCGUCAAAUUGGUUGUAGCAAAGGUUAGAACCGAAAACGACAUUGAUCGAGAUAUCAACUCCUCAAAGCCACGAAAGUCUUGGAGAUCCCGUAACUUAAGCGAGGGAAGCAGCAGUUUCAAGGGUUUAUCAGCAGUGGGCUCUUUUGGGAAAAUGAGCCGUGGCUCUGGCAGGAUUGCUGCUGAGUCUGAGUUACUCGAUAAGCCAUUAAGCCUAGAUACAUAGAAAGAACAUCCCGUAUCAAGAAUUCCGACUCUGGGCAAACAAGCAUCCAUCUAAGGUCAUAUAUACAACUAUCUAUGCAUCUUCUUGGUAGACUGAAGAAAUAAGCAAAUGCAGUAAUUUGCAGGAUUUGGGUUGCAAAGUAUUUCAUUCUUCGAUUGUGACUGUAGUCGUUUUGUGCUUUUACUUCCAAAUUUGAAGUAUAUAGGAAUGCAAUUCUUUUCGAUCUAGAUAUUCAAAAUGAUUCAUUGCCUGCUGCUGCUGUCUGAGUUUUACAUGAAGGAAACCUUCGUAGAGACUCAAAUGUAGUGUUCAGGCAAGAAUUUUAGCCCAAGUAAUGGUUAUUCGUUUGUCCCAUGUUCUUGUAUCGGUCCUUGUAAAAAAACUGGUGGGGAAAAUUGCAGACAAUUAUUUUGUAUGAAAACAGUUGAGUGAUGCGUUCACGUGAUGAUUGUCGCUCAUUUGGUUGAAUUAUUUCUGUACUCUGCUGGUUAUACAUAUUCCGAGAGUUGGACA